AUGACAGGGGACUUCUUUACGUUUCUCUUACUUCUACUCCUCGGUCCUGCUACCUCCGCCACCUUCACUUCACAUUCCAAUUUCUUUGCUAUUAUUUCCCCCCCUCUCUCUUUCUCUUUCUCUCUCUUUCUCUCUCUUUCUCUCUCACACACACACAUUGGUUUCUUCAGUUCCUCUUUCACAACUCUUCCUUUCUUCCUUCUAAUGUUUCUUCUUGUUUCUUUCCUUACCCACUUUCCUUCUAACACUUCAUCCUUUCUCAACUCUCUUCACCCUCUUUCUAUUACGCUCCGUUCUUUUUUCUUCUUUAUCCUUACUCAAUUCUUUUUUCUUCUUCAUCUUUCCUCCAUCUUCUCUUUUUCUUACCUUUUCUUUGUGCUUAUUUUUAAUCUUUCUCCUCCUUCCUUUUUAUACUUCUUCUUUGAUUUUGCUCACGACUUCUUCACCUUUUCUUCAUCCACCUCUUUCUAUGUGCUUUCCUCUUUCUCCUACUUACUUUUAAUCCUUCUCUCAUUCUUCUUCUUUAAUAUUUCUCCACUUUGCUUUUUCUCCUUCUUGUUUGUUUUGCUCACACUACUUUCUCCAUUCUUCAUCUUUCUCCACCUCCUUCUUCUAUGA